AUGAGCAGGGCUGUGCCCUGGCCUUUGCCCACAGUGCUGAAGGAGUGUGGUCUGGAUGAGUUUUCCUGUCGGAGUGGGCAGUGCGUGGCCCUGGCCCUGUACUGUGAUGGUGACCACGACUGCCAGGACGGCUCAGAUGAGAAGGGCUGUGCUGUGCCCCGGCCGCCCCUCUGCCAUGAGGGUGAGGUGACAUGUUCCCGCAGCAGGGAGUGUGUGCUGGAGGCCUGGCGCUGUGAUGGUGCUGCUGACUGUGGGGAUGGCUCAGACGAGCAGGGCUGCCCUUGGGAGGAAGGGCUGUGUGAGGACCAGCAGUGGGGCUGCUCCCAUGGCCACGAGUGCAUCCCCAAUGUCUGGCGCUGUGAUGGAGAGACUGACUGCACAGAUGGCAGUGAUGAGGCUGGCUGCCACCCUGCUCCUUGCCAGAGUCACGACUACCCCUGUGGGCUGGGAUCCUGCCUGAAUGCAUCCCUGGUGUGCAACGGCCGGCAGGACUGCUCAGAUGGUUCAGACGAAGGGGGGAACUGCUCUAUGCCCUGCCAGCGGUCCUGCACUCAUCUUUGCUACCCCUCACCCCAGGGCCCUCGGUGCUGGUGUGGCCCAGGCUAUCGACUUGCUGAGGAUGGUCUGUCCUGUAUGGACAUAGACGAGUGCACAGAGUGGGGCAAGGAAGCCUGCAGUCAGACAUGCCUUAAUGUCCCAGGGUCCUACAGCUGUCGCUGUCUCCCUGGCUACCUGCUGGAGCCCGAUGGCCAUGUCUGCAAACUCACUGGACCAGAGCCCAAGUUGCUGGUGGCCGUGCAGUCUAAGGUGUUGUCCUAUGGCCUGCGGAGUGGGCAUGAGGAGGUAGUGCUGGCCACUGACAAGGAUCGCGUUGUCUUCUCUCUUGACUAUGACUUGGUGGAGAGGAAAAUCUUCUGGAUGGACCUAGCCACAGAGAGCAUCCGCUGGCAGGACCUCAACUCGGGAAAGAAAGGCACACUGGUGAAAGGUGUGAGAUCAGACUGUAUAGCAGUGGACUGGCUUGGGAGGAACCUGUACUGGACAGAUGGGGCAGCAGGGCAGGUACUGGCCACUCGCUUGGGGUCUGCCUGGCAAGGGAUACCAGAGUACACUGUGGUGAUGGAUGGAGACCUGGACCAGCCCCACUCUCUGGUGCUCCAGCCCCUGGCAGGGUUGAUGUACUGGUCAGAGGUGGGGAGCCACUCACGGCUAAUGGAGGCCAGUAUGGAUGGGAGUUGGCGGCAUGUACUUCUGGCCCAGGGACUGGGCUGGCCCACAGCACUGGCCCUUGAUCUCCCCACUCAAAGGAUCUUCUGGCUGGAUGCGAAGCUGGGCAGUGUUGGCUCUGCACAUCUGGAUGGCAGCAGUGUGAAGGUCCUGAAGCUGCGCUGGGUCCAGAGCCCCUUUGCAGCAGCUGUGUGCGAGGGGCAGCUCUACUGGUCGGAGAGGAAGACAUGGUCUGUGCAGCAGGUGGACAAGGCCAGUGGCAAGAACAGGACCGUGCUGCUCAAACGGCAUGGGCAGCCCCAUGGCCUCCAGAUGAUGCACCCAGCCCUGCGCCCCACAGCUCCCAACCCGUGUGAGAUGCGUGGCUGCUCCCACCUGUGCCUGCUGAGCACCAGGCACACUGGGCAGUGCCGCUGCCCUGCUGGGCUGAUGCUGACUGCCAAUGAGACCACCUGCCAGCCCAUCCACAAUUCAGCCUUUGCCCUCCUGGUGUCACCGGCAGCUGUGGCACAGGUCUACCUGAAGGACCUGCCCACAUCAGCUGGAUUCCAAGGGCUUCCCCCGCACCAGGCCUUGCCUUUGGCCAAGGUGAGCCGCCUGACAGCCAUUGACUAUGCAGUGAAAGACAAGAGUUUUUACUUUGCAGAAGUGGGAGGCAAUUCCAUCGGACUGCUGCGCCUGAAGGACUGGGGACGGCUGUCCUGGAAGAAGGCAGUAUCUGUGGAGGGCACUGUGACAUCCCUGGCCUUGGACUGGCUAAGUGGGAAUCUUUACUGGAUUGAGGGGCAGCCACCCAGCAUCCAUGUGGCAGCUCCCAGGGGGCUUUGGGCCCUGGCACUACUCAGUGAGGGGCUGCAGGGCGCUGCCUGCCUGGCACUGUGUCCUCGUGCUUCCACCAUGUGCUUUGUCACAGCAGCUAGCAGCCAUGGGCAUGGCGCCGUGGUGGAGUGUGCGGCCAUGGAUGGCACUGGCCGCAGAGCAGUCUGGAGGAGAGCCCGGGCUCCCGCUGGACUUGCCUUUGGGGAUGCUGGUACUAGGCUGUACUGGGCAGACCACGGUGAGUGA